AAUACUUCUCCCUGAGAACUUUUGCCUGUCGCCUGGUCUUUGGGACAGCCUUCACACAUCAUCUCAUAUAUCCGCACCAACUGGGAAAUUAACUCACCUGCAAUCUCUACAACCAAAUAACCCCCAACGUUUUGACUACUGCCAACUGACAUGGAGAUCCAGCAAAGACACGGACACCACUCACUUUGCCACACCUGCCGGAGAACGGAGAGCAGCAGAAUGAAGGUCAAGAAGAUGUCUUCGUCCAGUCGCGCGCUGCUAUUUGCACUGUCCCUCGCGCUCUACGCUGUGGAAAUAGCCUCGGCAGAGACGCUGUGUGGGGGAGAGCUGGUGGAUGCGCUGCAGUUUGUCUGUGAAGACAGAGGCUUCUAUUUCAGUAGGCCAACCAGCAGGGGUAACAACCGGCGCAACCAGAACCGCGGGAUUGUAGAGGAGUGUUGUUUCCGUAGCUGUGACCUCAACCUGCUGGAGCAGUACUGUGCCAAACCCGCCAAGUCCGAAAGGGACGUGUCGGCCACCUCUCUGCAGGUCAUACCCGUGAUGCCCGCAUUAAAACAGGAAGUCCCAAGGAAGCAGCAUGUGACCGUGAAGUAUUCCAAAUACGAGAUGUGGCAGAGGAAAGCGGCCCAGCGGCUCCGAAGGGGUGUCCCCGCCAUCCUGAGGGCCAAAAAGUUUCGGAGGCAGGCGGAGAAAAUCAAAGCCCAGGAGCAGGCAGUCUUCCACAGGCCCCUGAUCAGCCUGCCUAGCAAACUGCCUCCUGUCUUGCUCGCCACGGACAACUAUGUCAACCACAAAUGAGCCCGCUGCCAGCCCUUUGCACAAGAGUUUGGAGGGAGAAAAAAAGACUAGGGGAUUAUAGCUUUGUCUCUGAUGUCAUUUCUGUGGCAGUCCUCUUUGACCUCCCCUGCCCUGUCCGAGCCCACCAAACCCCGCUCUAAUCCACUACUUCUUGACCCCCUGGCCCUUUUCUUAUGCCCCCCUCAACCCCACCCACCCACCCUCCUCCGGCACACAAACAUGCCUUCACAUUCUUCCUGUCUGAACUCUUUAGCUCCCUCUCUUUUUCAGUCACUGACACAAAGGCACAAACACAAAUGAUGAACAAAAAGUUAACAAUUCGGCUGAAUGCAAUUCAGGUGGAUCCUUAAGCAAAAGAGAAAGGGGAAGGGAGAAAAGAAGAUGAAAGAGAUCUGUGGUUUGCAAGUGUCAAGAGGACACCCAGCGGAAUGUUUUUUUGUCCUUUUGGAAGACAACUGAAAGUGAAGAGCAGCUUGCAUGAAAUAAUCCAUUCCACAUCAUUUUUCCUGAGGCAAAAAGAAAAUCUCUGUUAGUUCUUUUUCUUAUUAGUUUGCACCUUUACCUAUAAAGGGACUUCCACACUGUAAGGAAUUAUUUUGUAAAAUUAGAUUCCUGUUCCAGCACCUUUUGAUCACAAACAAAAAGCAGAAAAGAGUCUGCAAAAUUGCACAUUGCCACGGAUUACGUCAAAGUAAAGAAAAAAAUGGCACUAUUUUUUUAUGAACAAUGAACGUGUAGCUUAAAAAAAUGUCAUGGUGCUAGCUUUGGGAAUGGACUCAAAGAAGAGGUUGAAAAGCACGUUUUUUUUCUUUGAAUGAAUAUUAAAACUUUCCGUUUUAAGGAAAGUGUGACUUUUGAAAAAAGGAAGAUAAAGGAUAUGGGGGAGCUCCUGGCAGUGGCAAUGUAAAGGGGGAAGUGUCACUGAGAAAAAUAUGGGCUGUGUCGGCAUCUAGGCUAGAGUGCUAGCGGCUGCUCAUCAAUAGCUUGCCAGCAUUAGCGGCAAGGGGGACCUGAGACCCAGUCCCUGUUCUUCCUGUCCCUGCCAGACACAGGGAGCAGUGUGAGGACAAAUAUGGGACACCGUGGACCGCCUGGAUUGAGACAGUACUACAGUUCUGGGACAGCACUUCCUGUUUGCUAUGGCUUUGCAGACUGCUCUGACAGGAAGUAACAUGGCAUGGACAAAGAGCAAGUGGGAUAAUGAUGAUUAUAUUUUAUUUUUGUUUUCUUUUCAUAUCAAUGUUUCAAUGAAAAAAAGGAAAACCCCGUCAGUUUCUGGUACCGUGACAUUCCUGUUUUUCCAAGUUAGGCUUUUAUUUUUGUUUCCAUGGUUAUUGUUGUGAUGUUAUUUUACAGUUCUAAUGGCACAAAAUUUCAAUUCAAAGGGAAAAAAACAGCAAUAAUGUCAACUAACAUUUUAUUGUUAUUGUAUAUCAGUAGUAUUCACAUGCUUUUGCCUGAAAACAAAUACUUGAAUAUAUAUAUAUAUAUACAUCUCUAUAUAUAUAUAUAGAUAUAUAAUUAGUUUCCAGGGACGUUGUGUUAUUUUCCUUUAGUCUGAGCUGUAUCUUGCGUAAUGAGCCGCCAAGCUUUUUUUGUUUGUUUGUUGAAAUACAAAUAAGGGCACUGUAUAAAGGCAUUAUUUAUUUUGUUAUAAAAUAUAUUUGAAAAAUUGGUCCAAAUAAUAUACGUAGCACUGAUGCUCAACUGACGGAUUUAUUUUGUAUGAUCUCUGUUUUCCAAUUGGAGUUGUAAGGCUUUUUGUAGAUGCUUUGUACCAAAAAUAAUGUCUUUUUUUUCCUUUUUCGUUUGCCAUAGUUACUUUAAAUUAAUAUUUUAACCGCAGCAUAGCCUGGAUUGCUUAGGCAUGUUAUGUCACAGAAAUAGGCACAUACUCUGAAUACAUUGGUCUGCAUGGAUUUCCAGAAGCCUGUCAGGGGUUAUCUGUGAAAAGAAAAGCAUCAAUGAGUGACUUUAUUCUUGGAAAAAUAACUGUUCAACAGUGAUUGUACUCAAACCCACUAUGUUUUGAAGCCACUUUAGUAUUGAUGGCAGGAGAAUGAUCAUCCUUCAUUAAACCAUGUCUUUGGAAUUGUGCAUGGUGUCCUAUGAUCUUCUAAGGAGCAUGCGUAUGUGCCAGUGCCACUGAUGUUGUCACGCAUUGGUUUGGAUCGUGAGGCCAUAACUGUCCGGUCAGUUGUAGAUUUUAGGGUUUAGCUUAAAUGUGACUUACACAAGUCAUUGUGUCGAUGCCUUAAUUGGAGGUAAUGGUGUUGCUAUGAUGCUAGUAACCUUCAAAGGUCAUUGUCUAUUAAGGUGAGCUUAUCAUCGCUCAACACCUCACUGUCUAUCUGUCUGUCUGUCUGCCCUUUCUUCUCUGUUUGUAAAAGACAAUGCCCCUGAUCUUAUGCAUCAGCAGUAUGUAUCUGUAUUUGCAUGGCAAGGGGGGGUGGGGGGGAGCGGGUGUUGUUAGCCUACCAUUCACCCCUCAACAAUCUUCCAAUCAUCUAUCCAUUAUGCAUUUGAUGAAGGGCUAUCACGCUAAAACCAUUUCUGGAGCACUCAGGAAAAAGAAAAAUCUAUGCUCUCUAAGGGAGAAGAGUGUCAGUGAUAAUCCUGUUGUGGAAAGGCAGCUGAUGUUGUUGCCCAUACCUGGCCACAAUGAUACAGCUCUCUGUGACAAACCACUGAAGCCCAUGUCAGAAACAAGGUCAUUCUGUGCCACAUUAUAGUUUCCUCCUCCAUUGUGUCAUGCAUCACCCAUGAAAUGGAGACUUAAUGGAUACUCGCCCAACUGUAGUGAAGAGUCAAGCCAAUAUGUUAUAUCUUCUGUCAGAGAGAUCUCAAUUAUCAAGGCUGCGUCCUGUUUCUAAUUAUAUUCUACUUCAGUUGUGCAACAAAGCAGGCAGUGCAAUUAUUAUUAUAUUAUUAUUAUUGAUAAAAUUAUUAUUAUAUUUUCUAUUUUAUUCAAUAUUUUCCUGCUAGGACUGCAUUCAUUCACUAUUGUAAUGUUCAAACAGGCUACUCUAGUGUUCUUAUGAAUGGCGUGAAAGACAACCACUUCUUUUCGCUGAAUAUGAAGAGAUACCUUGCCGAGCAAUGGCAACUUACUCUGUGUCAGUAGCUCACUCAGCCUGUGUGUAUUUUAUUGAUUUAACCUCUGCAUGCUAGAACGUCCGAAAUGCACAAUUCAUGUACUUUCAUUUUUAAUAUCAAUAAAAAAAAACAUUUUAUCAAACAUA